AUGUGCGGCAACCAGAUGGAGAAAACAAUACUCCUGCUCCUGUCCAUAGCGACAUCAAUAAGCUCAACUCCAGUGAUGACAAGACAAAGUCUGCAAAGGCAAAAGACCAGAGAACACUUCUGCGCAAACCUCCUCAAUUUCAACAACUUCUACUACUCUUUAGAAGAACAAAAGAAUGUGACUGGAAUCCCAGCAGACAUGAGCAUCCAUUGGAAGACUGGCAAAAUCUACUUCACUCUAAUCAGUGACGAAAUGAAAAUGAGUCUCCAAGUUUUAAACCCAAGUGGUGAAUUCGAUUUAAUCAAAGUAGCUGGACUGGGGCAGUCGACAUGUGUCGAUAACCUAAAUGACAUCGUAUAUUUAGCUACUGAUAACGGUGUCUACAAAUAUAAAGAUGAUGGCUCUAUCGAACUGUUCACAGCUUUGGGCGAAGAUGUAAUGUACAUAGCUGUGACUAGCGACGGAAGUGCAAUGUACAUAGCUACUUGGCCUCAAAACAGAGUCCAUAAGAUUACAAAUGACGGACAAAAACAAGAAACGUUUACUGCCAUACCUAAUGGGCAUGGGCUAACAGUAGAUCCAAGAAACAACAUGUAUUUUGUUGCCACAAAAACUUCUUAUAUCUUAAAGAAUGGUUACACUGUUCCGAUUAAAAUCAAAGGUUUGCCGAGUGACAAAAUGACUGGGGUAUUUGUCAGCCGAUCUGAUGAAGUUUUCGCUAUGGAUGAGAACAGCAAUUUGUACUCGGUUGAUCCAGAAAAUUCAAGUGCUAAGCAUUUAGGAACUUUCAGUGUUUCUGGAGUGAAUUCUUUUGCUAUGGACUCGGCUGAUAAUGUGUUGAUUGGAGUCAAAGGUGCUAUUUUGAAGUUUAACGCGUACGAGCAGUCUCCUUGCCCAGAGUACGAGAAUAGCAGCAAGAAAGGCAAGCGACACAGCCGCAAGAGGAAAAAUAAGAAACGCACUACUUCCACUACUCCUGAACCCGCUGAAGAAGAAGAAGAAGAAUAAAUUAUUGUAUAUUUAUUGUUAUAUCCCCAUUAUACCACGUUCUAGUGUUUUUCUUAAUGUAUACGGAC